AGUCAACUAAGUGGGUGGACUUUGGAAAAGCAUUCAGCUGUUUCGAAACGUAGUCAAUUUCCGAUAAGAUCGAACUGAAAAUCGCUCAGCCCAUUUGCAUAUAAAUAGUGCCGUCGCCGGACAAAACCAGACAGUGAAGACAGCUUACUGCAGUCGUUCCAUAAUGUUGCUGUAUACCGCGGUCCUGGUUCCCGUCCUGAUGGCCAUGUGCCAUGGCUCCCUGGCCGAGAAAAUGAUGAGACCCAAGUUCAAGGACAUCAAGUUCUGGAGCGACGAGAAGUUCGUCAGCCACAAGGUGGUCUACGACAACAGCGACCCGCAUCUGAACUUCUCCAUGGAGGUGCACCAGGAGCUGCACGACGUAGACAUCCACGUCGAGGUGCGCAUCACCAACAAGCAGGACCCGUACUACAACACUAAUCUAAACACCACGCUGAAUGUCUGCCGCAUCCUGGGCUUCGCCAACAAGUCACCGGUGGGGCGCUUCGUGCACGGAUUCAUCCGCGAGUUCGGCAACAUCGUCGAAACCUGCCCAAUCGCCAAGGGCCGAUACCAUUGGCACCGCAUUCAUUUAAAACGCAAAUUACAGGGCUCCUACUUCAUCAACAAGUUCUGGUGGCCAGAGGACCCAACCACCGCCAUGCUGCCCGAGCUGGAGUUCGAGAUCAUCUGGCAGGCCAUGCACGUGGACGCCAGCAAGAAGCGCACGCUGAUAAUGAACGACCAUUUCGGUGGGGACUUCGUCGUCCAGGACGUCAAUAAUCUGAAGCCCGGCAUCUUCGCAAUGCUGCCCAAAAUCGCCUAGAAGCCCCGCUAGGCUCGGCCCUGCCCCGGAAUGAGCUACCCAUCUGAGUCGCGUGUCCCAAUGGUAUUUACUUAAUGUUUGUCAGUGUCACUUCGUGUUAUCCAGAUAGCAAGCAAAUAAAGCUGCCGCAGAAAGAGC